AUGCGCCAGUUAGAUGUCCAUAAUGCCUUUUUAAAUGGACAUCUAGCCGAAACCGUGUAUAUGAAGCAGCCUCCUGGUUACGAGGAUCCAGUGCACCCGGAUCACAUGUGCCAUUUGCAGCGCUCGCUUUAUGGGUUGAAGCAAGCCCCCCGGACUUGGUUCAAACGGCUUCAUGAUUUUCUACUGCUUGCAGGGUUUUCCUCGUCAAAAACAGAUGUCUCAUUGUUUCACUACACGUCCGGCACAUCUCGGGUAUUCUUGCUUGUGUACGUUGAUGACAUCAUCAUGAUGGGGAAUGAUGCUGUGUUGAUCAAUACCCUACUACAGCGGCUUGCGUCCACCUUCAAAAUCCGUGACCUUGGCAAACCAGGUUUCUUUUUGGGCAUCGAGACCAUAUCUACGGAUAAAGGGUUCAUACUUUCUCAACGGCGGUACAUGACAGACUUACUUAGUCGUGCAGGGAUGCUCGACUGCAAAUCUCUCACCACACCAGCAUCGGUCACAACAUCAGUCAUCACGGCAACAUCCGCUUAUGAGAACCCAACGCACUAUCGGCGCAUUGUCGGGGCACUACAAUACUUGACAAUAACACGCCCAGAUUUGUCAUACUCUGUGAAUCGUCUAUGUCAGUUCAUGCAUUAA